AUGCCACGAAAUUUCCCCACGAAUGUCCCCAAAAAUGUCCCAAAAAAGCCCCGAAAUGUCCCUAAAAACAUCCCCAAAAAUGUCCCCAAAAACGGCUCCAAAAAACCUCGAAAUGUCCCCAAAAAACCUCGAAAUGUCCCCGAGGGGGUCCCCAGGAACAUCCCAAAAAACGUCCCCAAAACGCCUCAAAAUGUCCCCAAAAAUCCUCGAAACGUCCCCAAAAAUGUCCCCAAGGGGCUCCCCAGAAAUGUCCCCAAAAACAGCUCCAAAAAACCACGAAAUGUCCCCAAAAAACCUCAGAACGUCCCCAAAAAUGUCCCCAAAAAUGUCCCUGAGGGCGUCCCUGGGACAUCCAGAGAUGUCCCCAAAGAUGUCCCCAAAAAGCCACAAAAUGUCCCCAAAAAACAUCGAAAUGUCCCCAAAAAACCUCGAAAUGUCCCCAAAAACCUCCGAAAUGUCCCCAAAAACGUCCCCAAUGGAGUCCCUGGGACAUCCAGAGAUGUCCCCAAAAAACCUCGAAAUGUCCCCAAAAACCUCCGAAAUGUCCCCAAAAAUGUCCCCAAUGGGGUCCCUGGGACAUCCAGAGAUGUCCCCAAAAAUGUCCCCAAAAAACCUCGAAAUGUCCCCAAAAACCUCCGAAAUGUCCCCAAAAAUGUCCCCAAUGGAGUCCCUGGGACAUCCAGAGAUGUCCCCAAAAAUGUCCCCAAAAAACCUCAAAAUGUCCCCAAAAACCUCCGAAAUGUCCCCAAAAACGUCCCCAAUGGGGUCCCUGGGACAUCCAGAGAUGUCCCCAAAAAACCUCGAAAUGUCCCCAAAAACGUCCCCGAAACAGCUCGAGAAGGCCCCAAAAAGCCCCGAAAUGUCCCCAAAAACGUCCCCAGAAAUGUCCCCGAGGGGGUCCCUGGGACAUCCGGAGAUGUCCCCAAAAACGUCCCCAAAAACGUCCCCAAAAACGUCCCCAGAGCAGCUCGGGGUGGCCCCAAAAACGUCCCCAAAAAGCCCCGAAACGUCCCCGGAUCGGCACAGCGAGGGCGGGGCCGAGCCCCCAGGUGUGACCCGGGUGUCCCCAGGUGUCCCCCAGGUGUCCCCAGGUGUGUCGCAGGUGUCCCCAACCCCCCAGGUGACCUCGGGGCUGUCCCC